AUGCGCAAAUGUGAAUGUGGCCACACAAACAGGCUGCGAGCAUGCGCGCCACGCAAACGGGGCUGCGAGCGUGUGCGCGAGGCUCUCCGUGACAGCGGCGCCUGUAUGAGGCUUGUGGCGCCGCUGUUGCCAGGCUGGCGGCGAUGCUACCACCAGCGCGAGGCUUGCACCGUGGGCCGCAACGAUGCCACCCUGUUUGACCUCCUGGAAUGGCUGCAGGGUUCAAAACCUGCCCUGUCGGAGCGUGGCCAGCUUUUGGAGUCCAUCCAUGUGGGCCUCAAGACCUGUGGCUUUGAGCCCGAGAAGGACGGCUUAAUGCCUUUUUCCAUCUUCUGCAAACACUGGGUUUGCCUCCUCCAGUACCAGUUCCCUGACCACUACAGCAGUUUUCUGAGGCUCCUCCUUCAAAGUUCUUCAGAUCAGCUCCUUAGCCCUGACUGUUGGAAAGCUUCUCUGAAAGCUUUGGGCUGCCCCAGCUCCAUCCCAGCAAAGGAAAACGGAAGGAAAGAAAUGGCUGACCCAAGCCUCCCCCUGCAGCCUUCCACGGAGCCAAUUUUAUCACCUGAACAGGUCAUGGAGACCAUAGAGUGGUUGUCCGACUACUUCCUCAAACUGCGGUUGUCUUCUCAAGACUAUCGAAGUUUCGGACUGUUUUCCAAGUGGGCACCUUACGUGGCUCAUGUCAGGCGUCUGAUGCAGUAUCUGCUCCACCGUCUAAUUGACUCAAAAAUGGACAGCUUGUCACGGGAGCCCGUAGGCAGCAACAGGGUGUUUGAAGCUUUGCAUUCUCUAUUUUUAGUGACCAUUCAACUCUUCAAGCCGUGGCUUGAGGUUUUAGAGGGACAAGAAACGAGCAAACAGCGCUGCUAUCCCUGGCUGGAAAGUGACGCCUCCCUCUCGUCCACAAUGGUGGAGUUGUUUGCAUCCAGCGUAGACCUCCUACACAAAAGUUUUAAAGACAAGGUGCUUCCCAGCGACCCGGGAGUCCUCUGGCUCCUCGUCAUGCACUACAGCGAGUCGUACACGGCGCCCAAAAUGCCGGAGCACGUCCUGCACCUCUUCCACACGGAGCUGGGCCGCCUGCCUUGGAAGGAGGUUCACCCGGAUCAGCACCUGAUGGAGAAAUUCUUUAAGCAAUCUCCACUGCUCAACCUCCUGGGCCAGGCCAGCUCCCUUCCCUGGCAGCAUGUCAACAUGGCCUCCUAUCAGAGCAUCCUCGGUUACUUCAAUAGCCACUACUCCCCCUCCAUCCUUCUGGCCAAGGAACCAGCGGCUGAACUGGUGGUGAAGCUCUUGAAAGUGUCGGCCGGCUUCAGCACCUCUUUGGACAGCAGCCAGCACCCUGAUGCCAGCCUGAAGUGCCAAGCCUUCAUCCGCCAGAUUGUCCGCUUCCUUGGUCUUCUGGAACAAAAUGGGACAAUUGCUCCAGCAGUCCUGGAGCAGGAGUUCUCAAAACUGCUGGAGGAUAUCGCCCUCUUUAGUCCUCCAGGCGCCGAUGUCCAGCUUCGCAGUCUAUCCUUAAGCAGCCUCUUUGCCGAAGCCCUGAUGGUGAUCAACAACGCCAGUGCUGCCUCGGCAGGAUCCCUCCUGGCUUGUCUCUGCCGCUGGAUUGACAGCACAGUGCGCGGCUUAGGGGUGAUGCCGCUCUUAAGAGCCUCUUGUCAAAGUUUGGCAUCUGUCCAACACAUGGCCAUGACGAUGGAGGCUUGUGUCACCGCCUACUUUAACGAAGACCCUCCUCUCAACCAAGACUUGGGCUGGGGACCCAUUGUGGCCUCCCUGCAGGUUCCAGAACUGGCAGCCGAAGACUUCCUGCAAGCGUCCCUGUCGUCGGGAGGCUACCUCACCCUCUACGUUUACACACUGCAGCAGCUGAAGGCCGAGCGGACGCCGAGCAACGAGAUGAGGGCGCUCUUAACUUUGAGCAAGUGGUCGGAACAGGUGUUUCCCAGCUCUGCCCAGGACGAAGCUAAACUCUUCCUCUGGUGGCACAAAAUCCUGCAGCUCUGCCUGCUUCAAGCCGAACAGGAAGAUGCCAUCUUGAUGGAAUCGGUCAUCCGGGUCUUGACCUCUCUGCAAGGCCGGCAGAGCCUGCUGGCUGAAGAGAGACUCACCUCUGGACUCCUCGGUGCUAUUGGGCUGGGCAGGAGAUCUCCUUUAUCAAACAGGUUCCGUGUCCUCGCCCGGAGCAUGUCCGCCUUCCUCCUGGUGCAGCUUCCUCUGGAGAAUCAAAUUCGCCUGCGGUCGGGGCUGGAAUUGCAAUCCUCUUCCAAAGCUCAACAGGAAACUCUGUGUAAGAAACUGGUGAGGCUGAGUGUCUACGGAGAUUUCCCCCGUUCUCCAG